UUGCAGGGACGAAGGUGAGCCACAGAGGUCUUCCUCUCCUCCCACUCAUCGCCUAAUCGAUCAAUCAAGCUGAUCAGUUUUUCUUGCUUCAGCUUUUGGCUCUACCAUUUCUUGCUUGUUCCUCUGUCGAUCGGCACUAACCUGCUACUUCCGGCCAUGGGAGGGGCAGUGGACUACUUCUCCGGCUUGUUGGGUGGCUACAGCCACAAGAGGAAGAGGCAGUUCCAGACUGUGGAGCUCAAGGUCAGGAUGGAUUGUGAAGGAUGUGAACUCAAAGUCCGAAAUGCGCUCGCUAGCAUGAAAGGGGUUCAAUCCGUGGACAUCAAUAGAAAGCAAUACAAGGUGACGGUGAUCGGGUAUAUCGAACCAAACAAAGUGGUGAAGAGGGUGCAGUCGACCGGAAAAAGGGCCGAAAUAUGGCCUUAUGUGCCCUACAACGUGGUAGCUUACCCUUACACGCCCCAAACCUAUGACAAAAAGGCACCGGCAGGGCAUGUGAGGAAUGUAGAGGUGAUCACAAUGGCCAACCAAGUGGUGAGGCCGGAGGAUAAACUCUCCACCAUGUUCAGUGAUGACAACCCUAAUGCAUGCUCUAUCAUGUGAAAUGGGUUAGAGGUUUCGAUAGUUUUAAGUAUGCAACAUUUUGUUUCCUUGUUUUGAACUUGAGUUCAUGUAAUAGAAUAAGUAAACUGAUUGUAGUUUAUGGAAGAGGAGCUACUUAUUAUCUA